AUGUUGAAGCCAAUUCUCCACCGUUUCUGCUUCGUUCUGGCGUUGUGCUUGCAAUUCGCGGGCCUCGCUCACGGUCAUGUCGUCUUGACAUAUCCGGGCUGGAGGGGCAAUAAUCUGAUCAGCGAUGACAGUUUUCCGUUCGGGAUGCAAUGGAUGUACCCAUGCGGCGGGCUCCCGGUUACUUCAAACCGCACUCACUGGCCGAUUGGUGGCGGCGCUAUUGCGCUUGACCCGGGCUGGUUUACCGGUCAUGAUUCGGCGCUCAUGUACAUCAACAUCGGACUGGGCGAGCAGCCAGAGAACUACUCAUGGCCCAUAACCAAAUUCCACCUCGACGGUCCCACCGAUGGCCCAUAUCCGGGCACAGUCUGCCUCCCUCACCUCACGCUUCCGGAUGAUGUGAGGAGUCGGGUCAAGAGCGGAGACCUUGCGACGAUUCAGGUGGUUCAAGCAGCAAAGCAUGGCGCCGGGUUGUUCACCUGUGCCGACAUCAUCUUUACCGAUGAUGGCGACGAGGUGCCCGAUGUUAACGAGCGUAACUGCUUCAACUCGACCAGCAUCAAGAUCUCAGAUGUUGCGAUACUCGGCUCCCAAGAGCUCCCCUCAGCUUGCGCAGGGCUCGGAACAACGACCGGCGCGGCGAUCACGGGUUCGGGGGAUGCAUGGGGCUGGGGAUGUGAGACGAAUGGGCGGGCAGAGUUCUUUGGCGCAUCGGGCCUGACUCACAGUUGCCCAUCGUCGACGGCGACUCCAACCCCAACCGCGUCGGUGGACGAGAACAACGCGCAGAGCACGAGGGACAAAAACGGGGGAAUGAAUGCGCGGCACGGAGAGCCAAGACUUGAGCCAUGGCUUGUCCCUCGCACCCUUGACAGGCCCCAGCUUGCCCUUUUCAUACCAAAAGUGUACACGAUGAAGGUUGUUCCGAGCCCCAUCUCGGCGACCAAAGCCACCUCCCAUACACGUCACGGUCACGGUCCAGCUUCUUCUCCCCGGCUCACUUCCAUCUUCCCUCGCCACCCGAUCCAUUUUGACUUCGUCCGGCCUCAACCUCCUGCCGUCGGCCUCGGGAACCAUCGCGCGGCUCAACACAUACGGCGAAACUCUGGGUCCAAGCAUUCGACCUCGGAUGCCAAAGUCAACAAACCCACCAGCCAUCGAACCAAAGUCGGGCUGUGGCUUGAGAGUAUCGAACCGUCACACGGACCAUCUUCGGUGAUCUCGGGACACCCAUCGCCGCCCUCGUCCGCGCGACGGAAGUCAAUAUCACGCAGCACACCCUCACCACAUGGAACCAAGAUCACGAGAAACCCCAAUUCUCCUCGGAUUCCCCUUGCCGACAUCACAUCCCUAGUCUUGGCCGCUGAUGGUCCCACGAGCUUUUACUCAUCUGACACGGCCAGCGUCGAGUCACAGUCGACAGAGGGAAACACAUACCCUGCAUCAGACCUCACCGGAGCCGUCGACAUGUUGACAGCAGACGAGGCGAAGCGGCUGCUUCUUUUGUCAGCUCAGUCCAACAUGUCAUUGGCCGAUGCUAUUAGGGGGAUUGCAAUAAGCCGUUCCCAGACAGAAUCCACCCAGGAGGUGCAACACGAUUACUUGGCCGACACCUUCAGGUUCGAUGAGCACUGCUACUAG